CACCGGAGCCCAACCUCCCCCCUUUCCCUUUCAAAAAAACACACACACACAGAGGAAAGCUCAGAUCUACGAAAUUCUUCGAAUUAAAAUUCGAAGGGUUAAAAGCAAACCCUAAUUUCUCAAAUCUCCUGUUGAAUCUACCGCUAUCGAUUCGAUUCGAAUCGAGUCGAGGGCUUUUAACGAUGGGCGAUUUCAACCUCGCUCUGGUAAUCGUCGCCAUAAUCGUAUGCGUCCUAGUGUUCCUCUUCAAUGUCUACCUCCUCGUCAAUUACCAGCACCCGGACGACGCUAACCAAGCGUAUUUCCCCAAAUUCGUCGUCGUUUUCGGGCUCUCCAUCGCCGCCAUUUCCAUUCUCAUGUUGCCGGCUGAUGUCGCCAACCGGCAGGCGUGUAGGAACGCGAUAUACAAUGGCGCGUGUAAACUCACCUUGCCUAUGAAGGAUCUCUGGCUCGCUGUUUAUAUCGUUGAUGCCGUGCUGGUUUUCUUCAUAAUCCCCUUCGCCAUGUUCUACUACGAAGGAGACCAGGAUAAGAGUGUUGGCAAACGGAUAAAGAGCGCGUUGCUGUGGGUGGUGACAACGGCCAUUGUUUGUGCUCUCCUGCUUGGCAUUCUAUAUGGACUAGUUGGAAAGGUGGAUUUUACCGUUAGGCACCUGUCUUCUGCCACUACUAACUUUCCAAGUACCUGGGAGUUCUCUAGUGGUCAGCCAUGUAUUGGUGGAAGUGGUGCACGAGCGUGCUCUGCAUAUACUGCUAAUGCUUCAUCAGAGAAAACAUGGACCAUGCGCACCACUUUUCCAGAAUAUGUAGUUGCUCUUGCUACUAUUGUUGGAUCUGUUCUUUUCUCGAUAUUUGGUGGUGUAGGUAUUGCUUCUCUACCUCUUGGGCUUAUCGCUUCAUUUAUCCGCCGUCCAAAGGCUGUUAUUACUCGCUCACAGUAUAUUAAGGAAGCAACCGAACUUGGUAAAAAGGCAAGAGAGUUGAAGAAAGCGGCUGAUGCACUUCAUCAAGAAGAAAGAAGUGGUUCCAAGGGUAGAAAGUGGCGUAAAAAUGUUAAGGCUGUGGAAAAGGAGUUGCUUCAGUUGGAAGAAGAUGUAAAGCUUUUGGAAGAGAUGUACCCUCAAGGUGAAAAGGCUGAAACUGCCUGGGCCUUGACAGUUCUUGGAUACUUGGGAAAACUUGUGUUGGGAAUUCUUGGGUUGAUUGUUUCAGUAGCUUGGGUUGCUCAUAUUAUCAUUUACCUUCUGAUUGAUCCACCACUCUCUCCUUUCCUAAAUGAGGUCUUCAUUAAGCUGGAUGAUAUAUGGGGUCUUCUGGGUACUGUAGCAUUUGCAUUCUUUUGCUUCUACCUUCUGCUUGCUGUGAUUGCGGGUGCAAUGAUGCUUGGUCUGAGAUUAGUUUUCAUUACUAUUCAUCCUAUGAAGUGGGGAGCUACUCUAAUGAACUCUUUUCUGUUCAAUGUGGCACUUAUUCUUUUGUGCUCAAUAAGUGUCAUACAGUUCUGUUCCACAGCAUUUGGGUACUAUGCUCAAGCAACUGCUGCCCAGGAAAUAUUCGGCCACACAUUGCAAUCUCUUCGUGGAAUUAAAUAUUUGUACAAGUAUAAUGUAUUUCAAAUUGCAUUCGUUGUUCUAGCGGGAUUGACCUUCGUGUAUUAUGUUGCUUUUGGAUGGAGAAGAAAAAAACCUAGCGGCAGGUUCCAACUUUCCUCGUAAGAAUGUUUUCCCUAGAAGGUGAUGCACCCUCUUGCACAAUCAGAAUUCUCUUGUUUUAUCAUCCCUUUCAGAGUGUGUUUCCAUACGCUCAGAUGCCUAAGGCCUGGUUUUGUUACAAUGUGGAAGGUUUAGAGAGUUUAGGCAAACAUCGUCUGAGUCCAAUUGGUUGUCUAAAGUAGGAGCACGUUGAGUGCUGCUGCUGCCUUUCUUUAUGCUUGUUUUGCUUGCCUUUUGUAUGUAUUAUUAUUUUUUUGUUUGAUUAAAAUGUUACACAUUUGGCUUGGGCAUGUAAUUGAGGUAUCCUUGACAGUUGACACAUGGGAACUGGGUUUGUAGAACUUGUUUUUGAUGUAAUAUAACCUUCAGAGAACAGAAAAAUUAAUGACCAAUUUAUGCUUUUCUUGCCUGGUUAAUU